UAUCCUGGUGGAGUACCGAGGAUCUUAUGCUCUGAUUGGAACCCCGGAUGCAAAUAAGCCCCCAUGGGUCACACAGGAUCAGCACCCUAGAUACAAAGGACCGAGUGAGAUAUCCAUAAGAAUUCCUCUCUCAGAUUGUCAGAAGGCACUUGGGAUGGAAAAUUAUGGAAUACCCAACGGAAAAGUGCGAGCAUCUUCGGAAUGGGACUCCAACCAUGCCGCCAUUCAAGGACGACUCCAUUACAAACCACCUCGCGGCAAACAAGGAGCAUGGUCAGCACGACAUAACAAUAUAAAUCAGUGGCUUCAAGUUGAUCUGGGAAGUGCGUUCAUCAAAGUAACGGGUGUCGCAACUCAAGGAAGAUACAACUAUAACCAGUGGGUAACGAAGUACAAGCUGCAAUACAGUAAUGAUGGUGCCACCUUCACCUACUACAAAGAACCUGGACAAACUGCAGACAUGGUUUUUUCUGGAAACACGGACCGGAAUACAGUUGUCUAUCAUUUCCUUAACGCACCAGUUACGGCUCGUUAUAUCCGUUUUCAACCAGUGACUUGGUCGGGGCAUAUCUCAAUGAGAGUCGAGUUGUAUGGUUGCUCAGCUUGUGGAAAAGCUCUUGGCAUGGCAAGUUAUGCAAUUCCCAACGGACAAGUGAAAGCCUCCUCGGAAUGGGACCCCAACCAUGCCGCCAUUCAGGGAAGACUUCACUACUUACCACCUCCAGGGAAGCAAGGAGGGUGGUCAGCUAAAUAUAAUAAUGCCAAACAAUGGCUUCAAAUUGAUCUGGGUGCGUUGUUCAGAGUGACGGCUGUCGCAACUCAAGGAAGAUCCAACUAUAACCAGUGGGUGACGAAAUACAAGUUGCAAUACAGUGAUAACGGUGCUACCUUUACUUACUACAUGGAGGCAGGGCAGAAUGUAGCCAAGGAAUUUGUUGCAAACAAAGACCGGAAUACUGUUGUGUAUCAUUCACUAAAUCCGCCAAAAACGACACAUUUUAUUCGAUUCCGCCCGGUCGCCUGGAAAAGCCACAUAUCAAUGAGGGUAGAGGUGUAUGGGUGUUCAGCUUGUGGAGAAGCUCUUGGCAUGGCAAGUUAUGCAAUUCCCAAUGGACAAGUGAAAGCCUCUUCGGAAUGGGACCCCAACCAUGCCGCCAUUCAGGGAAGACUUCACUACUUGCCACCUCCAGGGAAGCAAGGAGGCUGGUCAGCUAAACGCAAUAAUGCCAAUCAAUGGCUUCAAAUUGAUCUAGGUGCGUUGCUCAAAGUGACGGCUGUCGCAACUCAAGGAAGAUCCAACCAUGACCAGUGGGUGACGAAGUACAAGCUACAGUACAGUGAUGAUGGUGCUACCUUUACUUUCUACAUAGAGGCAGGGCAGAGUGUAGCCAAGGAGUUUGCUGCAAACAAAGACCGGAGUACCAUUGUGUAUCAUUCACUAAAUCCACCAAAAGUGACACGUUUCAUCCGGUUCCGCCCGGUCGCCUGGAAAAGCCACAUAUCAAUGAGGGUAGAGGUGUAUGGGUGUUCAGCUUGUGGAGAAGCUCUUGGCAUGGCAAGUUAUGCAAUUCCCAAUGGACAAGUGAAAGCCUCCUCGGAAUGGGACCCCAACCAUGCCGCCAUUCAGGGAAGACUUCACUACUUGCCACCUCCAGGGAAGCAAGGAGGCUGGUCAGCUAAACACAAUAAUGCCAAUCAAUGGCUUCAAAUUGAUCUAGGUGCGUUGCUCAAAGUGACGGCUGUCGCAACUCAAGGAAGAUCCAACCAUGACCAGUGGGUGACGAAAUACAAGCUACAGUACAGUGAUGAUGGAGCUACCUUUAGUUACUACAUGGAGGCAGGGCAGAGUGUAGCCAAGGAGUUUGCUGCAAACAAAGACCGGAGUACCAUUGUGUAUCAUUCACUAAAUCCACCAAAAGUGACACGUUUCAUCCGGUUCCGCCCGGUCGCCUGGAAAAGCCACAUAUCAAUGAGGGUAGAGGUGUAUGGGUGUUCAGAUUGUGGAGAAGCUCUUGGCAUGGCAAGUUAUGCAAUUCCCAAUGGACAAGUGAAAGCCUCCUCGGAAUGGGACCCCAACCAUGCCGCCAUUCAGGGAAGACUUCACUACUUACCACCUCCAGGGAAGCAAGGAGGCUGGUCAUCUAAACACAAUAAUGUCAAUCAAUGGCUUCAAAUUGAUCUAGGUGCGUUGCUCAAAGUGACGGCUGUCGCAACCCAAGGAAGAUCCAACCAUGACCAGUGGGUGACGAAGUACAAGCUACAGUACAGUAAUGAUGGAGCUACCUUUAGUUACUACAUGGAGGCAGGGCAGAGUGUAGCCAAGGAGUUUGUUGCAAACAAAGACCGAAGUUCUGUCGUGUAUCAUUCACUAAAUCCACCAAAAGUGACACGUUUUAUCCGGUUCCGCCCGGUCUCCUGGAAAAGUCACAUAUCAAUGAGAGUAGAGGUGUAUGGGUGUUCAGCUAGAGAUUAUUGUGAACAAAAUCCAUGCAAGAAUGGAGCUACCUGCAGCAAUGUCGAGGAAGGUUAUCAAUGUACUUGUAAACCUGGUUAUUCUGGAGCCCAGUGCGAUCAAGACAUCAAUGAGUGCACUAACAGUCCGUGUCAAAACGGAGCAACGUGUGUAAAUCUACAGGGAAGCUAUCGAUGUGACUGUAAAUCUGGAUAUAAUGGGAACAAGUGCGAGAAUGAUAUAAACGAAUGCUCCAACAACCCGUGCAAGAACGGAGCCACCUGCGUCAACCUUCAGGGAAGUUACCGCUGUGAUUGUAAAUCUGGAUACAAUGGAAACAGCUGCGAAAAUGAUAUAAACGAGUGCUCUAACAGCCCGUGCAAGAACGGAGCCACCUGCGUCAACAUUCAGGGAAGUUACCGCUGUGAUUGUAAAUCUGGAUACAAUGGAAACAACUGUGAGAAUGAUAUAAAUGAGUGUUCCAACAACCCGUGCAAGAACGGAGCCACCUGCGUCAAUCUUCAAGGAAGUCAUCGCUGUGAUUGUAAAUCUGGAUACAAUGGAAACAACUGUGAAAAUGAUAUUAAUGAGUGCACCAACAGUCCGUGUAAAAACGGAGCAACGUGUGUAAAUUUACAGGGAAGCUAUAGAUGUGAUUGUAAAUCUGGAUAUGAUGGGAAUAACUGUGAGACUGAUAUAAACGAGUGCUCCAACAACCCGUGCAAGAACGGAGCCACCUGCGUCAAUCUUCAAGGAAGUCAUCGCUGUGAUUGUAAAUCUGGAUACGAUGGAAACAACUGCGAAAAUGAUAUCAACGAGUGCUCCAACAGCCCGUGCAAGAACGGAGCCACCUGUGUCAAUCUUGUGGGAAGUUACCGCUGUGAUUGUAAAUCUGGAUACGAUGGAAACAACUGUGAAAAUGAUGUCAACGAAUGCACAAACAACCCCUGCAAAAAUGGAGCUACUUGUGUCAAUCUUUCAGGAGGUCAUCGCUGUGACUGCGCAAAAGGUUAUUCAGGGAGUUCUUGCGAAACAGCUAUCAACGACUGUGCUCCGGAUCCUUGUUUGAACGGUGGUACGUGUGUUGAUCUUGUUGAUGGCUUCCGUUGUGAUUGCGCGGCCGGAUGGCUUGGUAUUACUUGCGAUGAUACGGUGAACUUCAUAAUGAAGAAGUUUUUACUGUUUUCCAUGGCCACCCUAAUGAUGAUGGAUCAGUGCUGGAGCCAGUGCAGAACAGCAAACUGGUGGGGUUCGUUUGACAAAAAGGGAUGGUCCAAGUGUGGAUCUUCUGUUGAAUACCUGAAAGGGUUUUAUAGAAAUAACAAGAACAACAACGACCCAAUUUCUUUGCUUGAAGAAGGAAGAUGCUGUAAGGCACCUUCACCCAAUCAAAACCAAGCGUCUACUUGUAAAAAUGCAAACUGGUGGGGAGUACUGGACAAGACUAAUCGUUGGGCCUUUUGUCCAACUGGAUAUUUUUUGCAAGGGUUGUACCGCUCCAAAAACCACAACAUUCACAACAUAGAGGAAGGCCAUUGCUGUAGGCCCAACAACUUGCCAAGUAGCUACCUGCGCUGUUAUGAACAUGACAUCUCCUCAUCAUUUGAUAACAAAGGCUGGAGUGAGUGUGAUAGCGAUCAUUACUUGACAGGCGUUUACAGAGGAGGCUGUGACAAGUUGCAAUGUAUCGAAAAAAUCAAAUGCUGCAUGAUGCCGGAUAGCUGCAAGAUGGCAAACUGGUGGAAAGCUUUUGACAAAAAAGGCUGGGUCCAAUGUGAUUCAACAAAGCAUUACAUCACUGGGCUAUAUCGGAAUAAUAACUGGGGCAAAAAUGAUAAGAUCUUCCUACUAGAAGAAGCGAAGUGCUGCCCAGCUCCCCCUCCAUAUCAAAACACGGGAUCGACUUGCAGAGAUGCCAAUUGGUGGGGUGUUCUCGAUAAAACAAACUCCUGGGCUGUGUGUCCUGCUGGCUAUUUCGUGAGAGGCUUUUACCGAAAUAACGGUGCUUGGUUGCAUCACUUAGAGAUGGGCAAAUGUUGUAAGCCCAAUGGUUUUCCAGAUAGAUAUGAACAUUGUUACAACGAGGAUGUCAAGAGCUCGUUUGACAGAAGAGGCCUCAGCAAGUGUCAGAGAGAAGGUUACUAUUUGGCUGGAAUUUUCAGAGGAGGAUGUGACUAUUUGUACUGCAUCGAAUCUUUCAAAUGCUGCAAGAUGAAUGUGGAUGAGUGUAGAACCAAGAAUCCCUGUCAAAACGGUGCGGCUUGUUCCGACAAACCAGGGACGUACAAGUGUACCUGUAAAUCUGGAUUUACAGGGAAGAACUGCGAAAGUGACAUAAAUGAAUGCUCGAAAAGUCCAUGCAAAAAUGGAGCCAAAUGUGUAAAUCUUAAAGGAAGUUAUCGUUGUGACUGCAAAUCUGGAUACACUGGAAAAAACUGCGAGUCAGAUAAAAACGAGUGCAGCGCUAAUCCCUGCAAAAAUGGAGCCACCUGUGUCAAUCUUCAAGGAAGUUAUCGCUGUGAUUGCAAAUCUGGAUACACUGGAAACCACUGCGAGUCAGAUAAAAACGAGUGCAGUACAAGCCCGUGCAAAAAUGGAGCCACCUGUGUCAAUCUUCAAGGAAGUUAUCGCUGUGAUUGCAAAUCUGGAUACACUGGAAAGCACUGUGAUUCAGAUGUAAAUGAGUGCAGUAACAAUCCAUGCAAAAACGGGGCUACAUGUGUUAAUCUUCAGGGAGGUCAUCGUUGUGAUUGUAAAAGUGGAUAUACGGGAAGCAGUUGCGAAUCAGAUAUAAACGAGUGCUCCAAUAGUCCAUGUAAGAACGGAGCCACAUGUGUCAACCUCCAGGGAAGCUAUCGCUGUGAUUGUAAGACUGGUUACACUGGAAACAACUGUGAGACAGAUGUUAAUGAGUGCAGUAACAAUCCAUGUAAGAACGGGGCUACAUGUGUUAAUAUUCAGGGCGGUCAUCGUUGUGAUUGUAAAAGUGGAUAUACAGGGAGCAGUUGCGAAUCAGAUAUCAACGAGUGCUCUAACAGUCCAUGUAAGAACGGAGCCACAUGUGUCAACCUGUCAGGAAGCUAUCGGUGCGAUUGUAAAACUGGAUAUACUGGAAACAACUGUGAAACCGACAUUGAUGAAUGUUCGAACAAUCCCUGCCAAAAUGGAGCUCUUUGUGCCAACCUUCAGGGAAGUUAUCGCUGCGACUGCAAGACUGGUUACACUGGAAACCAGUGCCAAACAGACAUCAACGAGUGUGCACCGGCACCAUGCCAAAAUGGAGGUACAUGCGUUGAUCUCGUUGGAAGCUUCCGCUGUGAUUGCCCGGCGGAGUUCGAGGGAGCAAACUGCGAAAACGCAGCAGAAAACGGAAUAGAGGAGUGCGAAAUGUAACGUGAUUACUCUCAGUGAAAGCCAUAUACAGGAAUGACCAGUUAUUGCCACUCAGUAUAGGUCAGACAUAGAUGGAAAAUAUAUCACGAGUGUUUAGAAAAUCCUCUACUGUAGCAUUAUCAAAAACGUGUAUUAUGUUAACGAUAAAAUGGCUUUUAAAAUCAGA